AUGCCCUGUUUGAAAAUAUUAACUAAUGUCCCUAAGAACAAAAUUCCAAGUGAUUUUGUCAACAGUAUAAUACCGCUGCUCUCAAAAGUGCUACGGAAACCCGAGCAAAAUUUCAUUUGCCUAAUAUCGGGCGACUGUCAAUUGUCUUUCGGUGGAGUCUCCACGGAGUAUGGGGCUGUAGCGACAAUAGAAUCUAUCGGAAAUUUGGGCCUUCAAGAGAACAUGGUGAUCGCCAAGGAGGUGACCAGCUUCGUCGAGAAGACACUGGGCAUAAAGCCUUCAAAUUUCUUCCUAACACUGUACGACCUGCAAGGACAAAACGUUGCCCGAAACGGUGUAACAAUUGUGUAA